GAAUGGCUUCUCUGAAAGACCUUUCAUAUAUUUUCACUGCAUUGGUAGUACUCUAUUGUAUCUUCUGGAUAUUGCGGGCAUGUUAUCGACUUUUCUUCCACCCUUUGUCUCGCUACCCUGGCUCCCCGUUGGCUGCGAUCUCGAAGCCAUGGUACGAAUGGUACUGGAACUUUUACCACAAGGGCCACCUGAUCUUCGAGAUCCAGCGUCUCCAUGAUCGGCUAGGUCCUGUGGUUCGCAUCGCACCAAACGAGCUCCACAUCAGUGACCCAGAUGUCUAUCUUGAGAUGACCAAAGUGGGCUCGCAAUUCACGAAAGAUCCAUCUUUCUACAGCCUGAUCCUGUUCCCGGGUACGUCCGUGGCAGAAUCAGAUCCCCACAAGCACAGAAUACGACGACAGGUUUUGUCUCCCGCAUUCUCUCCUUCUCGCGUCCAGGAACUGUCCUCGGACGUCAAAGAGAAGGUGGAUGAGCUCCUUCAGCGCUUCAACCAGUUCGCUGAUCCAACGAAACCAAUCAACAUCUCUGCGGCCCUCAAAGCGUUCACUAUGGAUGUCGUUUCCUCUAUUGUCCUCGGGAACCCGUUGGGUUGUAUAAACGAACCAGAUUUCAGAAACAGGUUCAUGGAAGAUCUGGAAGCAACCUGCGAUAUGGGAUGGACUCCGACGACGUUCCCGAAUUUAACCAAGUUUUCGCUGGCUUUGCCAGACUGGCUGUCGGAGCGCUUGCUUCCUAUUCCGAUUAUGGAUUUCAAGAGGAGAUGCACUGUUCUAAUCGAUGAAUACCUCAACUCCCGCCAAUCCACCACUGCCAAAUCUUGCAGCGACGCUCCACCAUCCACGCCGGCGACGAAGAACACAUCCAUAGUCCUCGACAUGCUCACCACUCCCAACCCUUCAAGAUCCCACACUCCUCUUAACCGCGACGAACUCACCGAAGAAGCCAUCAUCUUAUUGUCCGCAGGAAACGACACAACCGCCAACACCCUGAUCUCAGGCAUCUACCAGAUCCUACGAAACCCCGACGUCCAUGAGCGCCUCGUCGACGAACUCUCUUCCGCGUUCAGCCUCGAUGGUACAGACAUCACGUACGAGCGUGCGAGACGUCUCCCGUACCUGACAGCAGUCAUCAAAGAGUCCCUCCGCUACAGCUCCCCCUUCCCAGGCCGCUCUCCCCGCCGCGUCCCCAAAUCCGGCUUCUCACUUUAUGACCACGUCCUCCCACCCGGCACCAUCCUCGUAACCUCAACCCACAUCCUCAACCGCCACCCCGGCACAUGGGGACCGGACGCAAAUUCCUUCCGCCCCUCCCGAUGGCUUUCGCCGGAUCCUUCCUCCUCCCCCGCAUCCUCUUCAUCGUCCUUGCCGUCGAACUCCUCGUCGUCGUAUGCGUUGAACACGCGCCUAGACGCCCAUAUGGCGAGUUUCUACCGCGGGACGAGGCAGUGUUUGGGUAAAGAAUUGGCGCUAUGUGAAGCGUACCUCCUACUCGCGACGCUGUUUCGACGGUUCGAGCUGGCGAUUGAUGUCCCUGCUGAUGGGGUGGAGGACGAGGAGGAUGUGAUGAGGUGGGUUGAUUUGCUGUUUACGUUUUAUACGGGUCCUGGGUUCCAGCUUAGGGCGAGGGGACGUAGUGUGUAGUACGACCGUCGUUGUUUGAUAAAGUCUCGGUGGCGGAGCGGUACGAUGGAGUCAGAAGAAGCGGUUUCAUAAGUAACUUGGAGGCAGCCUUCACGUAUUUCCUGUCUGUCGACUGGAGUCGGAGUUUGGAGUUUGGUGCUGCGAGUUAACGCAUGAUUCUCGUGAUUCCCUUGGGUGGUCUUUUUGGUUGCUUAGUUUAGGAGUUGCUACUUCGGCUAUCAAUUUGAAGAAUGGUGUUAUAGUUCAUU